CACUCAAAAGGGGGACUGUAAUCAUCGAUCAAUUACUCCAUUCUCUGAGCUGCGAUUACAAAGAGAGGAAGCGUCUUCUCCGUUAUCAAUGGAAUCCUCAGAGAUAACUGAAGAGGAAACGGUACCUAAUAGAUCUCAGAAAAUGGCCGGAACUGUAAACUGGGGCACUGCUACUGUAAUUGGGGUAUUUGCUGGCCUUUUUUAUGGAGGUAGCAAGGAGGCUGCUGCUUCUAUUAGCAAGGAUGCUGAGGUGAUGUUAAAGCUUGGGAGCACACCCGAUAAGCGGGAACAGUAUCGGCUCAUGAGAGAUGCUAUGGAAAAAAGAUUUAUACGAGUCACUCGUGGCUCAAUAGUUGGCGGAUUACGCCUUGGAAUGUUUACUGCUGCCUUUUAUGGAUUGCAGAAUCUUCUUGCUGAAAAGCGUGGUGUGCAUGAUGUUUAUAAUGUUGUUGGAGCUGGUUCUGCUACAACUGCAACAUUUGGUCUAAUUAUGCCAGGAUCACUCCAAUGGCGUGCGAGAAAUGUGAUGUUGGGUUCUGCUUUGGGUGCUGCAAUUUGCUUCCCUCUUGGGUGGCUUCACUUGAAGCUUGUAGAGAAAGCCAAUGAAGGGACCGGGACAACUGAUGGCAAUGAAGUGAAGGGUGGUGUAGCUGAUGCAAUUGAGAGACUUGAAGGGCACUUGAACAAAUAGCUUUAGGUGUUGUUAAAUCCACAUGAACAAGAAUCUGAUCUUUUCUUGACCUUGUUUGAUGGGUGAUAUUAGCAAAAGAAGUUGAUGGAGGCAGCAAGAUGAAAACAGAAGAGGUUUGAAGCAGACAUCUAGAAUUGUUCCCUCUUCCCCUGCUCUGUUCCCAGUCACGGAGCUGUAAAGCUUGCUAACUUGGCCUUCAUGCUUUUCGUUUGGAGGGGAAUUCUCCCUGUAUUACAUUAUAGGAUGGUUUUGAUAGGUUGUGCUCUUCAUAAAUACGUGAAAAGAGUGUGGACCAACGUUUUGAUGUUUUAAAAAUAACCAAAAACAUGGAAGAGGAUGUGGUGCAGGAUCAUCUCCCCCCUUGUCAAUGUUAUGGCAGAAAUAGUUAAUAACUAGAUUUUUUUUUUUUUUUGAGGAUUAUGGCAUGUUUAUUUUUCAUCUUCGCCUCCUCAACUUGUCUAUAUAGUUGGUCAGUGGAAUAUCUUUUGUCAAGGAUUAAGGUGUGUUGAUUUAGCAUGGUGGUGUCUUUUCUUUUGUCCA